AUUUGGGGUGAAAUUAAAUCAAAUCUCCUGUGCGUUUCGGUUACUCUCUGUAACAUCAAAUUCGCCUUCUCCCUGAAAGAAAGCUUCGAACUUUUGUGGGGCCAAUCUUGAGAAAUGGGGAAGAAUCAAGCAUACAAGGCGAUGCAGAGAUCUAGGGUUGGCUCCACCUCAGCUCAGCCCGAUGAGGUUGAAGACGGAAUGGUGGAUGGUUCAUUUCAUACACCAGAGUGACAUGCUACUCGUUUGGCUAGUCUCAACACUACCCACACCAUCACCUGGGAAGACUAUAAGAACAAGCAAAAGGUCUGUCACCAGGUUAUUAACUGUUGUUCUCCAAUGGCCCAAUGAUCUCUCACAGAUAAGAAAGACAGAGAUUCUUCAAAGAAGAAGAAAAGCAAAAAGAGAAAGCAUUAUUCUUCCUCAGAGUCCUCAUCUAGUAGCGAUGAAGACGAAUCAAGAAGAUCAAGAUCAAGUUCUAAAAGAUCAACGAAGGAGAAGAAGCACAAGUCCAGCAGAGACAAACGCUCUACUAAAAGUAAAGACGAAACCGAUGGCCCUGGUGCCACUCUCUAGAUUCUUUGGCAAUUUGAAGAGUUGAUUGUUUUCUUCCUUGUUGCAUGAUGUUAUAUUUUUCACAACAUCUCAUGUAUUAUUAUUUGUUGAAUUGAGAGUUGCAGUAAUGCCCACAUAAUCAAUCAGUUUUUCUAUUUUA